GAGCAGGCGAGGCGACAGAACCAACGCCGCCACCAGACGGAAGGAACCUCAGUCGCACUCUUGUCCUCUACUACCAAAGUUACAAGUUCUAAAGCCUUGCUUUUUCUCACAUUUAUAUGUAAUAGGCUACGGAGUUCGAUAAAAGUGCGUCUUUGAGGUGAUCUAUAGGCAGUGACAUCAAGUAUAUUACCUGAAUUCGCCUAAGAAUCGUCCAUCCCAAUAGUGUUUUCGACGGAACAGGAAGCCGGCGAUUAUUGAACGUUAUAUAUCCACAGUGAUCAUUAGAAAUUCUGAUACAAGAUGUGGAACUGAAACUUUCACCAACCAAAACAAGCAUGGAGUAGUCUAAUGGAGUCAGAAGCCAACAAUUGGACUAAAUUUGUCUUAAGAAACAUAUUUUGAGGUCUAAGUUGCUAGUCAAAAGAAAUGCCGAUGUUAUUGGCGGUUGAGAUGGAGGGGAGGGAAAGACGCUCUUCCUUAGUGUCGCAAGCGUCGAACGACUGUACUGGGCCACCCAGCAGUUUAACAAGCGAGCAACCCACCAGUGUGGCGAGUGAACGACACACUAGUAUGACGAGUGGGUUGCACCCUAGUAUGGCAAGUGGAUUGCACACUAGUGUGGCGAGUGAACGACCCAGGGGGAUUUCGGUCAUCUCAGCCCACCGGACGAGGCGAUCCAGGGCUCUGUCUGUCCUCUCCUCCUUCACCAACCGGAGUCACAAGUCUUCCACUUAUGAGAUUGUGGAGAUGCCCGGAGGGGCGGUGAUGCUGACUGUGGACGAUGGUGAGAGCGACGGGUCGUCUGGAGUAGGAUCAAAGGACAGUAUGUUUGGCGCCAGUACGAUAGGAGGGGUCACCUCCGCCCCAGACACCUUACACCUCGACAAAAUAAUCAAGAAGGAGAUAGCACACCACAGCCCGGCCGUGGGCAGGGAGAGUGUGGUGGAGGACGAGCCGGGGAUCCCGACCGUCGACCCCGGCAAGAACGUGGACGAGGAGGAACCACUGCUAGCCUUCGGUCCUACCAACCUCCUGCAGCACCUCUACCUCGCUCUGGCGUCUCCAGCGCUCUUCAGGCUCCCUUCCCUCGCCUACAAGUGGAGCAGCGAGAAAGGAUCGGGCUUCUUCACCGCGUACAUUGUGGUGAUGGUGGGGAUGGCGCUGCCCCUCAGCGUCCUGGAGCAGACCCUGGCUCAGUUCUCCUCCCUCGGGGUCAUCACCAUCUUCAGGUGUCUCCCUCUCUUCGCAGGUGUGGGCGUGGGAAUGGUCGCGACGUGCGUGAUACUGAUGGGGUACAGCAGCACGGUGUUGACCUGGGCAAUGCGGUACACAUUCGACUGCCUCCACGAGGACAUACCGUGGGCCGCCUGUCCCAACAACAGCAGCAUGUGUUGGCCCGGGCCAGGCCCCGUGCCCAGUGCUGGUAACUCCUCCUAUCUCUACACCCCGAACGAUUUCUACUUCCUGAACAGUGUGCUGGGGUUAGUGAGCACCGAGGCAGGGCAGGAGGAGGGCCAGUGGGUCAUCGCCUCACUGGUGAUGAUCCAGGGAUUGUUGUGGGUGUCCCUGCUCUCCCUAGUGUCGCUGGGGGAUGCGUGGCGAGGGGGUACCGUCUCCAGGGUGUGGUCUCUGGUCACCUUAGCUACCCUCAUCACACUCAUGGUGACGGGGCUGGAGAUAACGCAGAGUGACGAGGGCCUUCGCUUCAUCUUCAGCUGGAGCGCUGAGGAACUCCAUCUUCCGGAUAUGUGGCUUGACGCUCUAGGCCAGAUAAUGUGGUCUUUGGGACCCAGCCUGGGCCUCCUCAUCUCCAGGACCAGCUAUAAACGCUUCAGAGACAAUAUACGAAAGGACGUGUACACAGCGAUGGCGGCCAACUUGCUGGUGGCUGUAAUUACUUGUCUGGCGGUGUUCCCGUAUCAGGGCAAGUUUAACCUCAACGACAGCAUCGAGAAGACACCCGGGUACUUUUUCGUGAUAUCGUCGUUCGCGGUGAGUCACCUGCAGGUGCCUCAGUUGGGAGGCAUCCUGCUGUACCUGGGGAUGUGCAAGGCCCUCCUCGACCACACCCAGAUGCUGGUGUCCACUCUCGUGGUGAGUGUGUCUGACCUCCUGCCCGUCAAGUUCAGAAGCGGCACCCGACUCUUCGCUUGCAAGUUCCUGUGCUGUUGCUUGGGGUUCGUCUUCAGUCUUCCCUUCAUUACUAAUGAGGGGAUCUUCCUGAUGGAGGCCGUCGACGCCUACGUGCCGUGGAUCCCCGCCCUGGUGCUGGGGACGCUGGAGGUGCUAGGCUUCGUCUACCUGUACGGCGCCAAGAACAUCAGCCAACAUUUUACACUGAUGAUGAGGAGCAAGCCAGAUUACUUCUACUUCGUCUGGAAGUUCUUCCUCUUGCCUACAUUCUUGGGGCUGCUGGUGUGGGUGAGCGUGCAGGGGGUGAGGGGCCCGGUGACCUGGGGCAAGAUGCAGCUGGAGGUGUCUAGGGAGCAGAUGUACCACUGGCUGGGCUUAAGCCUGGCUAUGCUGCCUCUGGCCCUCGUCGUCCUCAGCACGCUAGUCCUCCUCCUACACCCUCGGCUGUCGGUGAAAUCACUCCUAACGCCCCGGGAGACGUGGGGCCCGGCGCUUGCGCAGCACCAGGCCCUUUACACUCCAGGGAUACUCAGGGCCAAGAAAAGGGCCCCCUACCUCAUCGUCCAGAUGGAUGAUUCAGAAGAGGCGAGUGGGAAAGAUUGGCUUCCUUAUGGCUAUUUCUGGGUGCCACCGAAGUCUUCUGGGUCGUACAUGUUUGUCUCCUCUGAAGACCCAACUACCAAGUCUAAGAUUGUCAAGUAUCUUAAGGCACAGAACAGAUCUAACACGGUCUGUGGGUGGAGAGUGGAGAAUUAUAACGACGAGGACGCUCAUGCGACUUCAGAGGGGAACCUCAUCAGUAACGUUGACCGCAGCAGGCGCUACGGGGUCACCAGCCUCGCUGGUACUGACUUUGAACGCUCAAGAACCGCCUCCUUUACUUCCAUCUCCGCCGGAUUGGUCCUUCGGCCUAAUAACGUGGCGGGAAUAGAAGGAGAAAUUCAGCCGGUGGGCAGCAACUCCCACGAUAAUCAAGCUUAUGAAAAGUGAUGUCUGAAAAGUGUGUUCAUUCUGUAGUAAAUGCUAGGCUAUUUUUCUUCAUUUCCAUAAUUUAAUUUAUUGGAAUAAUAUUCAAAUGAAACUAAUGAUUAUGCUAAAUUAAGCAUAUAAACAUCAGAACCAGUAAAAUGAGUCAGAGAACGUUAAAAUAACAUUCUCUUGGUGACUGACCACAAGGAACAGACCGACACAGGAGACUCAUAUGGCUGGUAUGCUCAUCGACCGUGAAUGAUGUAACUUACUACCAUGGUAGAUGACAGCAAAGAUUAUCCUCCAGGAUGACUGAAGCUUAUCUUGGCACUUAAAACAAUCUGAUAUGGCAUUUCAUACUGCCGUCACCACGUUAGUUAGAGAUACCAUAACAAUUAGUUAAUUCCUGGCUUCAAAGCUAUAUAUAUAUAGUUCAGGGUUGAUUUAGCCUUUAAACAAAUUAUAAGCAUCUAGUAAAAAGUAUCUGCUUAAUACUUUUAGCCACAUCAUUUGAUAAAUUUCGUAUGUUUCUUUAUUAAUAUCAGUAUAUCAUGCAACACAAGCGUACAUUGCCAACAGCUCAAACGAAAAGGCUUUGAUCAAACUGGACUUCAAAAAUGCCUUUAACGUGGUCAGAAGAGAUUCAGUGCUCUGUGCUGGACGUCACCAUUUCCGGCCUCUCUACCGAUUCAUUCUAUUGUGCUUCGGUGGUGAAUCAAAAUUGUUCUUUGGCGAACACAAAAUCAGAUCAAGUGAAGGUGUCCAGCAAGAUGAUCCUCUAGUUCCUCUUUUUUCUGCUUUGUCUUAAAAAAUCACAGAAAGCUUGUCUAGCGAGUUUAACAUCUGGUUUUUGGACAAUGGCACUAUUGCUGGCCUCCUAGACCCCCUCUUGGAAGAUAUCCGAAAAAUAAAGGAGCAAGAAGUAAACCUGGGUCUCUCCCUAGACCCCUCCAUGUGUGAAGUAGUCUCCUCCAACCCAGACAUCAUAUCUAGAGUAAGAUCCGUCUUGCCCGGAGUCUAUGUCAUUAGGCUUGCGAAUGAGACCCGAAGGGUACUUACUUUGCCCCCCCCCCCUCGGGUCUAACGACAUUGACGAGAUCCUUAAUAAGAAAAUCACGGACCUAAGGAGGAUGGAAGACAGGAUUGGUGACAUCGAUGCUCAUGAUGCUUUUUAUCUCACUAGAUGCCUGAGGAGAUAACCUACUUUUUUGAGGCGCGCCUCAUCUUACAACAGCCCAACGCUUAGAGAGUAUAACUUCCUACUGAAGACCAUGCUAGAAAAAAUUGUCAACCUUUCCCCUCAAUGAGUGUCAGUGGAAACAAGUCACUCUUCCAGUCAGACUCGGCGGCCUUGGCGUCUGCAUUGCCACCCAAAUUGUUGUCCCGGUCUUCCUCCUCGGCAUCGGAUGAUCUAGUCAAUAAAAUUCUACCAAACAACCUGGGCGACUCAGCAGGGAUACAUGAAAUGCAACACAAAAUGGGAUAUCCUGACAGACCCAGCAUUCAGACCAACCCUGCUGAAAGCCAAGAAACAACCCAAAUGGGACAGCCCAUUGUAGACAAAGAAGCCACAGUUUUGCUGGAGGCAGUAACAACCUCCAGUGAUCGUGCGCGCCUCACAGAUGUGCGGGCUCCUCAUGCAGGGGACUUCUUUUUGGCAGUCCCUAUGUUUGCGACAGGCAAACAUAGGGACUGCCUGUCUUGAUCCACAGCAGCUCCAUAUUGCAGUCGCCCUCCGUCUUGCUGCCUCAAUCCACACUGUAUAUAGGGGUAUUUGCGGCAAGGCAGAUGCAGACGAGUAUGGAUCACUGUGGAAAAUCAGGCGGUUGGCACUUACAACACGACGAAGUCAGUGAUAUCAUUAAGAGGAGCCUUGCCUCUGCCCAGUGUCCAGCAGAGAGCCUCUCACUAUUGAACUGUAACUUUGUUAUCUUUGCUGGCCAACCAGAUGGAAUCACACUGCGCCCAUAGAAAAAUAGCAGACAAUUAACGUGAGACUUUACUUGCAUAUCCACCUUGACAGCCACAUACAUCAACCUCUCUGUCGGUCAUGCAGGAGCCGUGGCCACACACAGAGAAAGAGACAAAUCAACCAAGGACAGGUAAAUAAUUCGAACGAAGAUAGAUCACCGGUACAACUUCGUUCCAAUAGGAUCCGAGACCCUUGGUCUAUAGGAAGAGUGUGCAAGGAGGUUUCUUAAGGAUCUUGAUUCCAGGCUUAUCGAAACAACAAUAGACCCCUAGAGCGGUAAGCUUUCUCUUCCAGCGUGUCAGUGUAGCGAUCCAGAGGAAAAAUGACCAUUACAUCUUGGGUUCCUGCCCGGUGUCGGAGGAGUUCGAAGAAAUCUGCAGCCUCUAGGAUACAAACUUCUCUUUAUUUCCUCUUAAUGUUCACAUUUUGUAACCAAUCAGCUAUAUUACAAUGUAACCUGGUAUAAUAAAGUAUACAACAUUAAUAAUAAAAAGGGGUGGUAGGAGAAGCGAAUACUCAUAUGUGUUUAGAGUCCAACGCAAAGAUGUUCUCUGAAUGCUCUUUUUUCCCUUCUCCGAGGCUAUGGGUCUCCGUGAGAAAUUAUAUACCUUCUCCCCUAUAUAUUUCAAAUAUGCUGCAAUAAUGUUUUUCCUGAUUAAUCAUAUUAAACCGUGGUAACCGAUGAGUUAGCCAAAACUUUGGCUCGUAAAAAAGGAAUUAUUACGAUCUUGGAUUGCUUCAGAAGUGUUUGACUCAGUGAUUGUUUUUUUUAUUAUUAACACGCUUAGGUACACACAGCAAUGUGCUUCUGUCCUAAUUCUGUAUGAGGUAUUACAGAGUAUAGAUCAAGAUCUAGCUAUGAGUUUAUCUAAUAUUCCCGUAUUAAAGAAUGGUUAGACAUAUACAUGAAAUGAAAUACGAUUGCGUGGCUAGCCUGAUAUUCAACGUUAGAAUGUUUGCUUGAAUUUUCCUGAGGGCCCACAUUUUUCUUGUGGCUUCGGCCGGGACAGGAAAAUGGCGGCUUGUCAAAGGUCCCCCCUGCCUCCCCCCCCCCCUCUAUUUUUCUAGAUGAUUUUUUCAAACUGAAUUUUGAAUUGCAGUACGUCUUUAGCGGAUAAACGGCUCCAUGGGUUCACAAUCCUAUGGAUGAAACGGCAUCUCAUGUUUUCCGUCCUAUAGUGUGGCUUAUUGAGGUUGCUGCAUCUGUCAUUUCUGGUUUUGGCGAAGGGAAACUAAAAAAAAAUAGAGUUGUAAAACAAAUCCAUGACAACAAAUUUAGGAUGAUGUACUGAGCAUGGAACUGAAUUUACAGAGUAUUGGGGCUAUAAUUUCAGCCCUUAGUGAGUUACUGUAGAUGUAUUUUGGCGAUUAGACUGAGAGGUGUGGAUGCUAAUGAAAUAAUCCAUUCAGUUGAAGUAGGUAGAAAUUAACAAUGUAUUUUGAGAUACAAUAAUAGAGAAUAUAUGAAAACUCUAUUGUAUAUAUUGCUAACAAAAUAUAAUAUCGUGUAGAAUAUACUUCGAUACAAAAGAAACAUAUAACACCAUUAGUAGAAUGCAACGCAAAGGCAGCAGCCCCCAAGAUAUUGUUCUGCAACAAAAUAACUGCUGUUGAUGUAUUGUACUUGCAAAGGGGGUCACAUAAACAUACUGGUGUUGACGUGACCUGUCGUGUAUCUGAAACAAAUUAUGACAAGCAUCAAGUUGAUUUAAGAGAAUAUAGGAAAAGCCAAGGUAUCUAUAGUGAACAGCAGUAAUACACUAAAACAUUAAGCACGAACUCACCCUCUGCAUGUGGUAAGGAAAAGUCCACAUGGAAAUGAACCAACGUACACAAGAUUAAGAUUAGGGUGUAAAUAUUACUGGCAAUACAGUACCUAUAUAUCCGAAAAAGAUUAUGAAUGAAACUAUACAGUAUGCUCAAACACUAGAAUAGAUCAUUACAUGUUCUAUAGAUAUACUGUUGAAUGCCCCUCGCUCACACACAGGAUCACAAGAACCUGCACAUAUAAAUAAGUAAACUUGCAAUGUAUCACAAAUUAUAUUGUUUGAAAAUAGUACGAUGAAACAAUUCUUAAGUUCAAAAACUUUGCACCAAGGAUGCAAUGAUAAACUUAUUUAAAUUAAAUGUGCAAUGAUUGUAGUUUAAUGCUGUUAUUAUGUACAACUGAAUGGUUAGGGUGGUGACCACUGCUACGGUGCUGGAACCAUGUGUAUUGGCAUUUGCCUUUCCAUUGCAUAAUAUCAGCAACGUGGAGAGGGGGGACCUGCUGCAUGGGUAACAGCUUCUCCAAAUCGACCUACCCAGGCUUUGCGCCCUGGAGCGCAGUUAACUCCAUAGUCUGCAGAGACUGAAGGAUGCCUACUACUACUAUGGACAACUUAAUUAUAAUAAUUAUGAUAUGUAAUUAAUUUAUUUUAAUUUAAUGUAAUAAUUAUAAGUCAGAUGUAUGUCCAGUGCAGGUUUAUUUUUGAGCCUCCUGGCACUUCUAAUAAACGAGUGAUGUAAUAGCUUAUGCUAUUCUAUCUAUUUUAAAUGUA